UCUGACUGCUCCCCCCAGAGAGAUGGCACUAGCCAGAGCAAAAUUCUGCCCACUGCUGCUGCUCCUGCUGCUGGGACUGUGGGUGGCUGAGACCCCAGUCAGUGCCAAGCCCAGCCACAUGACUUCAUCUCAGUGGUUUAAAACUCAGCAUGUGCAGCCCAGCCCUCAAGCAUGCAACUCAGCAAUGCGCAACAUCAACAAGUACACAAAACAUUGCAAAAAUCUCAACACCUUCCUGCAUGAUUCCUUCUCCAGUGUGGCGGCCACCUGCCAGAGCCCCAAUAUAGCCUGCAAGAAGAAGGGCCAUAAAAACUGCCACGGAAGCCAUGGGCCAGUGUCCCUGACCUUAUGUGAACUCACCUCAGGGAAGUACCCGAACUGCAGGUACAAAGAGAAGCACCUGAACAAGGCUUACAUAGUGGCCUGUGACCCUCCCCAGAAAAGGGACUCUCAGCAAUUCCAGCUGGUUCCUGUGCACUUGGACAAAAUCCUUUAGGUUUCCAGACUGCCUCACUCUUUGGCCGAGGCUG